UAGGCUUUCACGUUAGGCCAUUUCAACAGGAAGUCUGGCCCCUGUCGUAGUUAUUGACUGGUAUCUGUCACUGAAACGUCAAGAAGAUUGUGAAGCGUCUUAUUUGCAAGUAACUUUCUAAUUAUGACGUCAUGGUUAGAAGGUGUGAAGUGAAUUUAAAAGAAUUUUUCGUAAUAUAAAAUACCCUACAGACUGAAAUUGAAAAAGAAAAGACGGGAAAAGCGAUUGCACAAGUGACUUAGAUUAAACAAGAACAGCAAGCAUUUAGCUGUGCUGUCAAGCAACUGUUCUAUGUUGAAAUGGACAAGUGAACCAUUUUUCAACUGGUUAGGUCAAGGCUGAAAAAAUUAAAUGAAUAAGUGAAGUAGCUUCGUUUGGUGACCAAUCCGAAAUAACGGAACCCUAAAGGUUCUACGUAGUUGAUUUUAUUCUUAGGACAAUUUGAUUUCGUUGACAAUUUUAUUUCCCUAUAAUUUUUUCUUCAAUCAACUACUCGUUCUUUGCCUUUUGAAAUGAUACCCCGCAGAAAUAUCAUAGAGCCAUAUCACGUGGUGUUGGACUGGGGUCCUCAGAGUGGAGAGGAUGCCCCUUUCAUCCAAAGAUUGUGGCCAGCAGUUCUAGCCGGUGCCCGGGAUGGGAACGGAUUAAGAGUGACCCCCAAAAUGCUAGACAAUCUCUUAACGUCCUGCGCUAGAGAUUGCCUUAAUUCCCGCAAACGUCGAGACGAACUUGUCCAGGCUUUUACACCCAUGCUUGAAGCCUCUUCAGAUAUUCAAAAGGCCACUGGUGAUUUCCUCGAUGCUGUUUUACAGUACCAUGCCCAACAUUAUGAGAGCAAUGGUGGUGUUUGCAGGUUGGGAAAAUUUCACAAUAUUCUCUAUGUGGGAGCAUCCAUAGCUGUAGAACAAAAUCUACAGAAUGCCGAUAUGAUAAAAGAGUUAAUGGAAACUCUUUACCGCUGUGAAAAUGGAUUGGACAGGUUAGUGACUCCUGCGCUCCUAGGUCCCAAAGUUUCCCAUCUUCUUAGCUCAUGGAAACCUGACACGGAUUCUUCGGAAGAGGCUAGGCACAGACUCCAGUAUUUCAUUGAUCACGCACGCACCUCUCGACUGACAUUUCCUCAACCAAAUGGAGAUGCCACGAGGCUUGUGGACACCCCUUUGGCGACCAUGCAAGGGACGUCUCCUCUCUAUGUAGCUGCUCAGGCCGGUGACGAGGACGCUGUGCUCUUAUUGCUGCAGAACGGGGCAUCUCCUUACCUGGGAGGUGAGCUGUGCCCUUUCAAAGUGGCUCUUAGACGCUUGUCAGCUCAUGCCCGAGCUACAAUAGGGCAGAUGACUCCAUGCAGUUGCCAAGAGCAGCUGUGUCCAUGUUUCUUUAGCUACCCUAUUGACUACCCUCCAGAUGCCCUUGGAGUGCUACAGUUACUCUUAAGUGCCCUGGGUGGACGUCAGCUUGAGUGGGACAAUGAAGUCAUCCAUCCUCGCAUAAUAACUGACAAGAUUUUGAGUGAUGAACCUCCAUCACUCAAACACUGGGCAAGAUACAGGAUAAGAAGCGAACUCUCAUCACAUUGGGCAUUACCACAUGGCACGAGAAUGCUUGGUUUACCCGAAUCACUAGUGCAGUAUAUAGAGCUCAGUUCACAAUAAAUGUUUUUUGUUCUUAAUUAAAAAAUAAAGAGGAAAACUUCA